AUGUCUCCCAUCCCACCUCCAUCCCGUUCCUCGGGAUCCUCAGACGAUCCUGCUAACAGUAAAACCUCAGAUGGUAACUCUGCCGCCGUCCUCUCAUGUCCUACCUCGAAUGCCGUCCAAUUCUCAUCGAAUCCGCCACCAGCUGAAGCCCUUCUUCGCCCUCGAUGUCCAUUCAAACUAGCCACACUUAAUGUGGACACUGAUGCGUAUAGGACAACAGGUCGGUUCAGCUCGUACGCUCGAGACCCCAGUCAUCGAUAG